AUGCAGGAAUGGAUGGCGGACACCUGCAUAGUGUUCCGUCACGCCACAGCUUCAGACAAAAAUAAAAUUAAAAUACAAAAUGGAGUAGGAUGUAUGUCACAGCUAGGCAUGACGGGAGGAACUCAGAUUCUCAACCUGGAGGCGCCUGGGUGUCGCAAUGGCUUGAUGUACCUCCACGAGCUGGGCCACGCCAUCGGUCUGGUCCACGAGCACCAGCUGCCUGACCGAGACGAGUACAUCAGCAUCAACUUCUCCAACGUCGUGGCGGACAUGCAGAUCUGGUUUGAGAAGUACUCAUCAGAGGAGGUCAACACGUACGGCGUGCCUUAUGAAUAUGCAUCAGUCAUGCAUUAUGGGAUCUCGGCUUUUUCUAGGGACCAGAAGAAGCAGACGAUCCGAGCGUUAGACGAAAGCCGGGAGCAGGAGAUAGGAGCUGUGAGAACCAGAAAGCUGGCCUUUUCAGACAUCAAGGUCGUCAACCUGAUGUACGAUUGCGGCAAAAACUGUCCACCUGACCCCACCUGCAAGACGCCGGGUUACCUGAAUAAAACCUGUCACUGUGUGUGUCCCCUGCAGGUCAACUGUAGUCAGGAGAACUUCCACCUCGGCAAGGGUGGGGGGUGGAGGCCGGUGGAGGAGUGUCGAAACAUCUGGAACGACACGGACUGUGAGCCGUGGGCCAAGCGGGGAGAAUGUGACCGGAAUCCGGUCUGGAUGAAGGAAAAUUGCCGGAAGUCGUGCAAGAGGUGUCCUCAAGACUGCAAAAACUUCCAGAACGACACGGACUGCGAGAGUAGAGCUAAAAAUGGAGAGUGUAAAACUAAUCAGACCUGGAUGGCGGAAAACUGUAAGAAGGCGUGCAACCUGUGCUGGGACGACUGUAAGAACUCCUGGAACGACACAGAAUGUGACACGUGGGCUAAAAACGGCGAGUGUUCGGCCAACUCGGUAUGGAUGAGAAGCAACUGCCAGAGAUCCUGCAACAGUUGCCACGAUGAAUGCACAAAUUACCACAAUAACAAUGAAUGUGAAGACUGGGCAAGAAACGGCGAAUGCAGAAAAAACCCGAAGUGGAUGACUGAAAAUUGCCGAAAAUCUUGCAAGAAAUGUUUUGAUUCCACAAAUUGCAAAAAUCCUGGCCACAAAAUAAAACUAUGCCACUGUGUGUGUCCCACAGAAUACGAAGAAAAUUCUGAGAGUCUAUUUGUCGAAAGGUGGGAUGAAAAUGCAGAAUGUAAAAAUAAAUGGAAAAAUGAGACUGAAUGUGAAACCUGGGCACUCAAUGGUGAAUGUAAAAUAAACAAACAUUGGAUGAGGAAAAACUGCAAAAAAUCUUGCAUGAACUGUACUGAUGACUGUAAAAAUAUUUGGUCAGAUACAGAAUGUGAGAACUGGGCCAACACUAGCCAGUGUGAGAUCAAUAGAAACUGGAUGGAAAAACACUGCCAGCAAUCUUGCAGUGCUUGCUCCAACAAACUUUCUUUAGCUGCUGUAGUUGUGUUUACUGUCAUUGAUAUGUCACUUGUUAGUUGA